CUGGCCGCCGCGGCGCUGGCGACCGGGGCUGCCGUUGCCGUGAGCGGGACCAUCGCAUUCGUGGGCCUGGUGACGCCCCAUGUCAUUAGGCUCGUGCUUGGCCCGGACCACCGUGUGCUCGUGCCGAUGAGCGCCGCGGGCGGCGCCGUCUUCGUCAUCGUCGCGGAUACUGUCGCGAGGACGAUCGUCCAGCCGGCCGAGUUUCGCGUCGGCGUUCUCACUGCGUUCGUGGGCGCGCCUUUCUUCAUUCUCCUGCUGAUCAAGAACAAGCGACAGGCCUACGCGCUAUAG